UAUGCGCAUACCGAACGCGUCCGUGUAGGUGAACCGGAUGAGACAACAAGAGAAAAACGUUAGGAACGUCAUGCAAAUUGGCUGUGCGAAAAUAAGGAGAUGAUUGGUAGAUACUGUAAACUCCAGCAGAUGAUUGGUUGGCUGCUAAUCACACAGCUGUUACACAAAGACCCAAGAUGGCCGCUUGUCGAAGUGGUCUGUGCUAUUGCCACCGAAUGUUUGCCCUUUCUGCGCUGUUUAAGUAGUUCGUUUCACCGGUGAAAAAGUUAAAUACGUUUUUCACGCUUUUUGCCUAAGAGAGACAUGUUAGCCUGGACAUUGUUACUGGUGCCCUGCAGGCUGACUGCUGUCCCCCAGGCUAUUUCUGGAUAUAAUGUGGCUAUAAAAGGAAAUCUGCAAGAGUGAUACAACGCACACCCACUUUGAACUCCAAUGGUCCGGCUGAUGAAGGCACAUCUUUUUUUUUUUUUUUAACUCUGAGGAAAGUUUCCUGAAGCCUGGGAUGUUUGCAUCUGGAUGGAGGAGCUGCUAACACAGAAAUGAAUAGUUUCAAUCAAACUCCAGACAUGAUUUCUGCAGCAGUGCCUUCUGGGUUUCAUGGUUUUACGUUCGUGCCGGUGCUGCAGAAACUCCCUUUGAAAACCCUAAUCAGUGAGGAGUGGACACCUGGAGUCAUCACGAGGAGAGACGAUGAGAGUGCGGUCACAUCCCAUGAGACGAUAAGUGAAGAGACCAUGUCAGAGAUUUUCAAAGCGGAGAUGGUCUUUAUCAAAGACUCUUCGGCCACAGAAGGAAGAGGAGAGGGAGGAAACGUUCUCCCAUCAGAUAAACAGCUCAAAAUGAAGCCUUCAACAAAUUAUGCAAGCCUCAGUGGAGCCUCUUCCUCAGGCAGAACUGAAAAUACAUCCAACCACAUAACUGCAGGGAGGGCAUCUAUGGAGACAGCUGUUGAUCAACACAGGGGCAUUUCCCAGUGGCAGUGUCAGGAUACUCUUGGACGUGCUGAGACACACAAGAUUAAGUUAAGCUAUAAAUCCCUUGCUGCAAUUCCAACAAACACCCUUCUUCUGGAUCAGCAGGCCAUUGAUGAGCAGGUAGAGCGAACAGACAGUCCUGGUGACACGAUGGACAGAGUGGAUACUCAUGCAGAGAUGUGCUCACCAGCUCAGCUCCGGCAAGAGUCAGAGGAACUUUACGCAACCAUUGAUGAAAUUUUGGCAAAUUCGUCUGCAGCGCCCUCCAAGUCGUCCUCAACAAACAUUGAUCUGCAGCAAAUCAACUCUCUUCAAAAAACCUUGGGACGUGAAACCAAAUAUGCCUCUGUAGGCAGCCUGCACCAGCCAGGCAGUCUAGAAAGGAAGCUGCUGGAUCCUCGAAAGACGAAGCCUGGCGUAAUUCGACCAAUGACAGCAAUUCCCAGACUGACUGUAGAAGGUGAAGAGGAAUUUUAUAAAAAUCCCUUCAGACAGACCUUGGCUGACUUCAGCAAGGCGGACAGAGUGAGUCCUGCAAAGAUGAGAGUUUUCAUGAGCCCGAAGAGCGCGAGGCAGGACACGGGUUCUGAGAGGAGAAGUCCAUUCUCCCCGUGUGAGCUGCGGAUUACAGAGUCGGGAAACCAGAACAGUCACUCGGUAAAGGCUGCACCAGCGUUGGCCGCUCGUGCUGAGGAACGAAGGGCGGCAUCUGAGACUCAUAUCUAAAGCAGUGAAAAAAUAACAUUAUAAAUAAUAUGGAAAACAAGAUCAUCAAAUGCAUCAUUUAAAGAGCACAACAAACAAACAUCUGUAACCAUCCAGAUAUCUUGGAUAAUAUCAAAACGUUUGAAAAUAAUCUAAAAAUGUUAAACGUACUAUUGAAAGAUUCUCAAACAAUUAGUCCAACAGCAGUCCUGUGGUUAUAGACAGAAAAUAACUGACCACCAACAGUGUUCCCUGUGGUACUUUUCUUUUAGUCAACAACAAUUCAGAGCCUGUUGUUAGUGAUUUUAAUAGAUGUAUUUUUUAAAUUUCCCCUUUCUUGAUGGCCCUC